AUGGCAGGGAAAACAUGUCGCCGACGGAGUCAAAGGGAUCAAGAGUUGCUUUGCGAAUUCGUGCGGAAAUCUGCUACGUGUGCGGCAUGCCAAGAUGCCCAAGAGACCCCAACAAAAAUAUAG